CCACAUACAGCGCACAUUCAGCACAGCAACAAACAGCACAGCACUCAAACAUGCCCAAGACCAACCCCAAUUUCCAGAACCAAGGCAAGGACAAGCGCGGGAAAAAAUGCGAAGCCCUCGGUGGCAAAUGCUGUUGGUGCGGCGGGACCGAAUCGUGCCUGUGGAAAACAGGCCUCGUCCGCGGUAAAGUCGUCUACAGAGCUGCAUGCAUGAGGUGUUGGUAUAAGCACAAGGCCGAGAUCGACGCCGUCAAAGCGGCCGCCACCGCGACGUCCUCUGCCCGUAAAGAACGCCCUGUGAUCGAGCUGGAUUUAGAGGACGACAAGAUUUCCGAGGAAACUCCAACGCAUGCAAAAGCAUCCCCCUCGGAGCCGGAGGAUGGGGAAGGACAACCAGAUGCGGAGGCGGACGGGGAAACAGUAUCACCAGCAAAAGCUCCGAGAGAGUACAAAUUGACGGAGUUCGAACAGGACCGCAGGUACCCCAUCCAGACCCCGUACGGGUCCCAGCCAUAUAUGCCCACGCCAAUGGUCCAUCCAUACGCAUACCCGGUUCCGUACAUUCCACCUCCUGCAAUUCGGGAGGUCCACGGCCCCACAACUCAGAGACCGGCUCCGUACAGCUUGCAGGCGCAGGGAAGAAAUAGCGCCUGAGAUACGUCCGCAUCCGGCCGUUCGAACGUAUAGAGAGCAAACUAGUCAAGCGACAAAAGUGGGAGAAUGAGAAUGGAAUGAUCAGGAAUAGCAUCGAGGAAGUAUUGAAGAGUCGGCCUGUUAGGGAACACAGCUUAUGUGACCGGGCCAGAAAGCUACAUUUCAGCAUUCGGGGGAGCAACAGUACCAGCGACAUUUGCAAAGCUUGGGUACGCCCGGAAGUGUUAGUGAACCAAAUUGCAUCUCCAGUGGUC